ACAAUUUAUUGUCCAUAGUUAGCAAUCUACAGCUGAAGCCAUAAUGUAAAUAAAGCACGGGAAUAAAUUCCGUUCAACGGUAGAAGUCGGAGACUACUAUGGCGUCCAAAUCAGUUCAGCGACCGCCGACUCCCUUCAACGAACCCCUCACACCUCCCGAAGAUUCCUCAAUGAACCUCUCGGGUGAGAUCAUCGACCACAAAACGAUAUCUGUCAACCUCGUCGACGCGAAUGCGGGUUCUGGUGUCGCGACGACAACCGCGAAGGCGUCGACAACAACGUCUAAACUCGGGGGAACGAAUGACGAUGAUUCGUUCACGAAUUACUCGCAGUUCUUCGAUGGACCGUACGUUCCGAACGAUGUCUCGACCUCAUUUAGUGGGUUGGACGAAGAAGAAGAGUUUGAUUUGUUUCUCAACUCAGCCAAGUCGGUUUACGAGUUUUUCUCGGGUCUGGGCGCGAACACGAGCAACAGCAUCAAUGAAGAGGUCGAGAUCGACGACAGCUUUUCGAGAGUGAGAAAUGUCUCAAAUGCACAUGUGAAUUUAAGCCAUAAUAACGACAAUGAAGAGGUCUUCUACGACGCCCUCUCAGACUCGGUGGUGGUCAAAGUGGCCCAACCUAUCAAUGAGGAGGAUGAGGAAAGGGGAGAUAGGGAUACGUCGGAAGUGGUGGCUGAUUAUGGCAGGAUGAUGACUAUGGAACAAGAAACAGAGGCGAUCAAAACACCAGAAAGACCGGAUACAUUAUCAAACCUCUCUGAAAUUGAAGAAAUUACUCUGAAACAAGAACACCUCCUACCAGCAGCUGUGGGAUCCAAUUUGGAUCUCACAAUAAACAUGGCAGAUAUUAUAAACUCAUGCAACCUACAGAGUUCAGUGGACCCAGACACACUCUCAAGUCUGGUCAGUGGAUUGUCAAGUGCAUUGAAGUCGAAAGGGGUCCAAGUUUCAAAUGAAGAUUUCGACAGGGUUAAAGAGGAAACUGGGGAAGAUAAAGCCGUGACUACAGAAGCAGUCUCCCCAGUGUGGCCUCCAGUGGUCUCUCCAGCCAAAGUAGCCCCCACUGAUGCCAGCAAACAAACUGAACUUCAAAAGAUUUCAUUAGAGAGAGAAUACAGCGAGAGAAUUAAACGGUUAGAAGAAGCGCACGAAAAAGAGUUACAGAAAGCGAAAGAAGAUUUUGGUGAAAAAGUUAAAGAAAAAGAAAAACAAGUUAUGAAAUUAGCAAAAGCGAUGAAAACAAAUGAGCUUAAAAUUCAAGAAGUCGAAGAAGAAAGAGAAGCUUUGAAGCAAUUAAGAGCUAAAAUUGAAGAAACGAGAGUAACGCAUAGUGCAGUGCCUCAAAUUGUAGCUUUACUGGACCAGUUGAAAGAUACUAUUAUAAAUAACCCAGUAGUUUCAACAGGUCGAAGAGCGCCUUCGUCCAUUAAUGUGAACAGUUUGUACGCGCAUCCAUUAAGUCCACCUUCGCCCGGUCCUAAUUUGGAGAAUUUUAAUAGUUUACAAAGGGGAACAGCCAGAACGAAUAAGAUGCUAUUUGAAAAUAGAACACCCGGUUCGGAAACGGAGAGACCGUCCAGUUUAUCAUCAGUCUUUAGUAAAAGUGUGAGCAAUUUAAACCAAGUCGGAAUUGCGAAAACUGAAACGUUUCCGGUUCAAAUGGGAGACUCGGGGAUGGAAUCGCCUUCAAAAAGAGAUAACAGAGGCGAAGAAAGAUUCGACUUUUCAGUGGAUGAAAACUUGAAGUCUGAGUUAAAAAUUGAGAUCCCAGUUACUAUUGGCGAUUCAGAUGUGAUAGCUAGCACCCAGAGAGACGAUAAGUCACCUGAGUUUGUAUCAAGUGGGCAAAGAAAGGAAAGACCUUUGAUGUCCUCGCCGAUUGAAGAUCCCAACAAAAACAUGUCAACUGUAGUCGAAUUAACCAAUGAAGAAUCUUCAACAAGUGACGGAGUCAAAAGUAUAGAAGUCAAAGAGACUCCGGCCGUUAAAUUAGUUUCAGUCAAAUCGGCACCACCACCUCCUCCCCCGCCCCCACCGCCGCCUUUAACUUUGUUGUCAUCUUGUAUACCUCCGCCACCGCCGUUACCACCCGGUAGUACUGUUCCUCCGCGGAUGCCUCCGCCGCCCCCACCACCGCCUCCGGGGCUUUCAGGGUAUACGAUACCACCGCCGCCCCCUCCUCCGCCAGGGAUGAAAGCGCCUCCUCCUCCUCCGCCCCCACCUCCUGGAAGUUACCCGGGGCCACCGCCGCCACCACCACCACCUCCGGGCGGGGCUAGACUACCUCCGCCUCCCCCACCGAUGCCCGGGCCAAAUGGAUUACCCCCACCCCCUCCCAAUGCCUCACGUUUUAUAGCACCAGGGUUGGUUGGAAGAGCUGUGACAAAUUUUAAACCUCGUGUUCAGUUAAAGUCGCUUUACUGGCAGAAAAUUAAACUGACAAUUUUUAAGCGGUCAGUUCAAAAAAGUCAGGAAGUCGUGACUCUCUGGGACGAAGUGAAGGAACCGAGACUGAACGAAGAUGAAAUCUGCAUUCUUUUCGGUAAAGAAAGUAUAAUAAGAAAGAAACUAAAAGACAAUUCUUCACAAUCUGCUAAACAAGGUGCUAUUAAAGUAUUAGAUCAAAAACGCUCAGAAGCUGUAGGAAUUUUUCUUUCCGGGCUUCACUUAAGUAUAGAUGAUAUAAAAGCGGCAGUUUAUGACUUGGAAGGGGAUGUCUUGGACCCCGACGCAAUGCAAGCUCUAAGCGACAUGAAAGCUACAAAUGAUGAAUUGAGCGCAAUCAAAGCCCACCCUGAAGCUAAUUUAGACAAACCUGAACAAUUUUUACUUCAGCUCUCGAAAUUGGAUCACUUUGAAGAAAGAUGUAGUUGUAUAGUGUUUGAAAGAACCUUUCAAGAAAUUAUUAAUGAAUUAUCGGUUAAAUUAACGCUAUUUGGUAAAGUUUGCGACGCGUUGACGAAUUGGUCAUCGAUUCGAAAUGUAUUAGGAAUAGUUUUGGCUCUUGGAAAUUUCCUAAAUGGUGGAAAUAUGACACGUGGUCAAGCCGAAGGAUUCAAAUUGGAUAUUUUACCGAAACUGAAAGACAUGAAAACGAAAGAUAAACAAUCGUCAUUUUUAGCAUACGUGGUUCAAGUUUACAUCAAAGAGUACGUUUUGUCCAAGGAAAAAGAAUCGGAUGAGUUCGAUAUCGAUACUCUAACGUUACCGUUUCCAGAGCCUGAUUCGAUUAGUCAAUGUAGUAUUGUUAACUUUGAAGAUAUUAGCGAGCAGUUGAAUGCGGUUAAAAACGAUCUGGAUAAAUGUGCUGAAAAUGUAAGGAAAGUUUUGGAAUCGAACCCGGAUGAAGAUGUGAAAAUUGAACCGUUUAAAAGCAAAAUGGGAGCAUUGCUUAAAAACGCAGUAAUAGAAUGCUCAAAGUUGGAAAACAAAUUGACCGAUACGAAAAAAGUGUUCGAGUCGACCUUAGUGUUUUUCUGCUAUCCUGUCGACGAGACUUUGCCAUCAGAUUUUUUUGAUGUUUGGCUCACAUUUGUGCGGGAUUUCAAAGUUUUGUGGAAAAUAGAAUUGAAGUUAGUUUCUCAAAGACGGCUAGCUGAGGCGAAAGCGAGAUUAAAAGAAAUCCAAAGCGAGAAACAGAAACAAAUAAAAACAGUACCAGUCAAAAAAGGAGGUUUAAAAGAACGAAUGAAGUUGAAAAGGUUGCAGCAAAGCCAACAGAAUGAAGAAACGAUAGCAUCAAAUGCAUGAAUUGCAGAAGUUCUGUUGUUCAAAAAUCUGAAUUUAAAUUUAGCAAUAUUUCAAAUAUUCCUUAUUUUGUGCUCGUUUUCCGAAAAUUAUUGCAUUCCUAUUUGUAAAAUUUAAUAGUUUAUUAGUAUACUAAUAGUAAAUGUAGAUGUU